UCCUGCAGGAAGCAUCAGGAGGAAGCUCUGGACAUCGCCCUUGAUGACCCAGGUGCCAAUGCGGCGGCUACGAAAAUCCAAGCCGGGUUCCGCGGACACAUGACUAGGAAGAAGAUGAAGGGCAGUGAAAAAGACCUCAAACACAAAGAUGGCAAAGAGGGCAGCAGCGUAGAGGGGUCCAUAGAGAGCUAA